CUUAGUGCCGAGGUUGGGCGCUGCUCCCCGGGAGGACUAGUUACAGGGAUUAGUAGUACACGACUAAGAUGGCGUCACGGCGAGGCCCCGGGGUGCUGCUCCUCCUCAUGCACGGUUGCAGUAUUCUGGCUGUGGAGCUUAUUACAAGUAAUCAGUACCCAGUGACGGAAGAAUAUCGCAGUGUCGAGCUGUCCUGUAUAAUUAAAAGCACCAAUACAAAUAAUCCCAGAAUUGAAUGGAAGAAAAUCCGAAAUGGGGACACGUCCUAUGUCUAUUUUGAUAACCAAAUUCAAGGUGACCUGGUAGAUCGUGCUUACAUCCAGUCCAAAAGCUCGCUGGUGAUUAAGAAUACAACACGAACCGAUAAUGCUCAGUACAGAUGCGAGGUAGCUGCUCCAGAUGACUUUAAAAAAAUUGCAGAAAUUAGUGUCAACCUAACCGUGAGAGUAAGACCAGUUGUCCCUCAAUGCAGAGUACCAAAAUCGGUGCCGGUGGGUAAAUCUGCCAUGCUUCACUGUCAGGAGAAUGAGGGGUAUCCACGCUCAGUGUAUCGCUGGUUCCGUGACAGCAAUGUCCUGCCUGAUGACUCUAAAGCCAAUCCGAGUUUUGUGAAUUCCUCUUUUACAUUUAAUCCUAAAACUGGUACCUUAAUAUUUUCAGCAAUAAAUAAAGGUGAUAUGGGCCAGUACUACUGCACCGCUAGCAACGAUGCUGGGUCUGCCACAUGCGAGGCGCAGUUACUUGAAGUCUAUGAUCUGAACAUCGGGGGCAUUGUAGGAGGAGUCCUGGUUGUCCUUCUAGUCCUGGCAUUGAUCACCAUAGGAAUUUGCUGCGCUUAUCGUAAAGGCUACUUUGCCAACAGCAGACCGGGUGGACAGAGCUACAAGAACCCAGCAAAGCCAGAUGUUACAAAUUACCUGCGGACAAACGAUGAGGGCGAUUUCAGACACAAAUCGUCUUUUGUAAUCUGAAUGUGGUGCGGCAUGCAAAGAACUCUACAUGAAAUAGUUGCACUCUCUGGAUUGAAGACGAUGCAUUGAACUAAAUAUUUGCCAAAGUCUAACCAGUCCACCAUCGGUGCAGUUUCGCUUUCUUUGCUACAGACUUGGAAGCUAUUGGCACCACGGCGCUGUACACAGAGUAUAGUUGUGGAUUUCUUAUGGACUUGCGUCUCCAGGAGCACAUACUGGCUGUUCAGACAUCUAUUUAAGUAUUCUCACUGCCAAAAACAGAUAUUUAUCAGCCUCCAAAUAAUAGUUUUGCUCCACGAAAUGACACAAGACUGCAGCCCUUGUUGCUGCAAAUCUCAGUUACAUGAAAUGGUUGGUGUUUGUACCAGCAUAAGCCAAAGCACAUACUGUUGUCACAGCUCUGCCACUAAUCCCUUUUUUCUCUUUUAUUUUGUAUCUUCAAUGUUUUGAUUUGUUGAAAAAUAUAUAUUUUGAAUACAUAGUAAAUGAUAAACAUUUCUAUUUAAAUAUUGAGGUUUUUUGUGUAUAAAAAGUGUAAUUGCUUUUAGGUAUAAGUAUUUCUUCAUGUGUUUAGUUACCCUCUGAGCUGUCAGCCAUGUACUGCACUACAGUGUAGGGACAUUUACCACUACAUUCAGUGUUUAAGGGACCAGCCAGCCGUUUGUUGGCAUUUUAGGAAGAGAGUAGCAAACCUCUUACUGGUAUUUAAAGGGACUCUAAACUGUAAGAGCAGGUAACUUCGGCAUUACUGGUCCUAGCUUAAUAUGUGUUUAACCCUACACACGUAUAGUCCCGCUCAGAAACGCAUUACUCUCAGCUGAGUUCCUGCUGAUGAGCCAAUCAGUGGCACAUAUCUACCAAACACCAGCCAUUCCCUGCUUAGGAUCUGGAAUGCUUGUGGUUCCAGAGUGUGAUUUUACAUAUGUGUUUAACCCCUUUGUGGGUGAAACACAUAGCAGCAAAGGUAAGUGCUGUAAAAAUGAUGUUGUAGAGCAUAUCAUUUUUGCUCUAGAAAUGUCCCUUUAACUACAGCAGACAGCUGUAAAACAGUUUUUCUUCUGUUACUAUAUUAUUUAGCUUCUAAAUUGAAACCACACAACCCCCCCCCCCCCCCUCGUUAUUUCUAGUGCAGUAUUCAGGAGGGACGUUGAGUGAUUAUGCCGUGAGAGGGCUGUAUGUGUGAUAUUUUAGCACUGAGAAGAGAAUGAACUGGUUUUAUUACUAUAAAAGGUUAAAAAUAAAAUAACUGCAUUAUUUACUAUUUCCAAUCCUUUCCAUGCAAUUUCUGUUUACAGGCUGUAGAAAAGGCACAUUCCCACUUAGUACCACACAUGUGGUAUAUCACAGACUGUUGUAAUAUCAAUUCUUUUAAACCAUUUAUACAACAGUUAUUUUUUUGAAAAUGAAUUGUUUCAUUGCACAGAAAAUGGUCAUAUGAUGAUAUAAAUAAAAAAAUAACAUGCUCAAAGUGAUUGCAUUACUGAGCCUAGACAAUUGUUAAACACAUAGGUAAAGCAUUGCAAAUCCCACAUAGGAAACUGAUAGUGAGCCAAUCAUAAGCUACAAGCGCAUGACCUGCGAAUCACUGGCUGUAUUCUGUCCAGCAACUGCAAUGCUUAUGGCUCCUGUGCAAGAUUUUACCAAUGUGUUUAACCCCUUUAUGGGGUCUAAUUAGGACAUUUAAUUUUUUUACUACAGUAUCCCUUUAAAAUGAAAGGUUUAUUUUGGGUUAGUCGCAAGUGAUACUGCUACUAAUUGUAAGUACCAGCAUUACAGUAACUUGCCGUGAUCACAAAAUACAACACGGCUACAUUACUGCUUUUUUCUUAUGGACGGUUUGUGUCUUAAUAUGAUAAAGUUAUCUGCCCUGGAUACCGAAUGAUAAGUUAGAUGUGCAAGGAGCACAAAUGAGUUAUUAAAUGCCUCUCACUGAGCAACAUGGUGCAUUGUUAAUAAAUUGUCUUUUUUUAAGAAGAAUAUCUUGUACAUAUUGUUGCUGUAUUAUUGAUAAUAAAAGGAUUGUUUUUCUUGGA